ACUUCCUGUUUUCCGGUGAAGAAGAGACACAUGAUGAAACAACAUGCUGCUUUAUUCAGUCGUGUAACAGUGAGGUUGUUUAGGUGAGGAAAGCUUCAUUACAGCGUGUUUUCACAGUGAACCUCCGCCCACAUUGUGAGACGCUUCAAACUUUGCCGUCGAGAUGCCCGUCCUGUGCAGCAGCUGUGGUGAGAAGCGUGCGGCGCUGAAGCGUCCGAAAACGGGCCACUCGCUGUGUAAGGAGUGCUUCUUCUGGGCCUUCGAGGAGGAGGUGCACCAGACUAUCGUUUCAGCAAAGCUCUUCAGACGUGGGGAGACGGUGGGAAUCGCCGCCUCGGGUGGAAAGGACUCCACGGUGCUCGCGCACGUCAUGAAGCUCCUCAAUGAGCGGUACAGCUACGGCCUGGAACUGAUGCUCCUCUCGGUGGAUGAGGGGAUCACUGGUUACCGUGACGACUCCUUGGAGACGGUAAAGAGGAAUCAGCAACAGUACGAGCUGCCGCUGAAGAUCGUGUCGUACGAGGAGCUGUACGGCUGGACUAUGGACGCUAUAGUGAAGCAGGUGGGACUGAAAAACAACUGCACCUUCUGCGGAGUGUUCAGACGGCAGGCGCUAGACAGAGGAGCCAUCAUGCUGAAGGUGGACAAGAUAUGUACAGGUCACAAUGCUGAUGACGUGGCAGAGACGGUUUUGAUGAACGUCCUGCGAGGGGACAUAGCUCGGCUGCGCCGCUGCACCGCCAUCUCCACGGCCAGCGAAGGCGAUGGCGUCGUGCCGCGCUGCAAGCCCCUCAAAUACGCCUACGAGAAGGAGAUUGUUUUGUACGCGUACUUUAAAAAGUUGGACUACUUCUCCACUGAAUGCAUCUACUCUCCCAACGCCUACCGCGGCUACGCCAGGACCUUUCUGAAGGACCUGGAGAGCAUAAGGCCCAGCUCCAUUAUGGAUGUCAUCCACUCGGGGGAGAACCUGUCUGUGCGGGACGGCGUGAAGAUGCCCGUGCAGGGAACCUGCAGCCGCUGUGGCUACAUCUCCAGCCAGCCUCUGUGCAAGUCGUGCGUCCUGCUGGAGGGGCUGAACCGAGGCCUGCCGAAGCUGGGCAUCGGCAAACACCACCGGCUGCACGACAAAAUCCUGUCCCAGCAGCCCCUCACUGAGAGGGAGGAGAGAAAGCUGAAAGCAGUGGACUUCUGACUCUUUACUUUUAUUUACCGUAAGACUAAAGACACGUCAUGAACUUUUAGACUCAACCACAUUUUACACAGAAGAAGCCAAAUGAGUCACUUCUCCUGUUUCUUUUCAUUUAUCAUCAGUUGAAUAUUUAUUGAAUGUUUCUGGGGAAUAUUUUUAAUCUAGUGACAAACCUGUCAGACGUGAAAAGAGACGCCUUGUACACGUGCUGUCCAACGCUUUCCUGAAUCUUUGUUGGUCUUGAAGUGCGCAUGUAUGACAGCCAUGACGACAGGAGAUGGUGGAAAUGUUUUCAAAGCUUUGGCGGAAGGUUUGGGUCAUUCAUAAACUUUAAGAACCAGCAUCUCUUGAAUUUCCAAACACUGAGUAUUUAAGCACAGAGAAACCUCAGUGCACACCUGCAGUGUGUGUGUGUGUCAGGUGCAGAGACGAGCGCACAGGUGUGUGUUUCCGCUGCAGUAGAACCUCUCGGCGAUGGUUUUACUUCUUUAUUUCCUGUUACCUCUGAUGUCCCAGUCCUCCCAGUCUCUGAGGACAAUUUGACGGUGGUUAUUGUCACAUUUCAAGGGGUUUUAUGAACUAUAAUUUAAUAAAUAAAUUGUCCUACA